CUCUCUUUCUCUCUCUCUCUCUUCGUCUCUAUUAAUUCCAUGCCUUAGAGGAGACCCAGACACCAGUAGACGCAGCUUGGGUAAUCUUGGCAGACACGUUGUCCACAUCUUUUUCUAGCAGUCAGUGGAUACAUUUGUGCCCUACGCAAACAUGUCUGACAAGCCCGACCUCACAGAGAUCGCCAGGUUUGAUAAAACCAAGCUGAAGAAGACAGAGACAAAAGAGAAAAACCCUCUUCCCACAAAAGAGACUAUUGAACAGGAAAGGAAAGGAGAUGCCACCCCCUGACCUAAAAGGGAUGCAGAAGACAAGCACAAAAGAUGUUCUUCGGAAAUGAAGAUUACAAUUCCUAUUUCUGUUUUAAGGGUGCUUGCCCCAUGUGAUGCAUGGUUACUAUGGUGGUUGGAGUCACUGGGGCCUAUGAUUGGAAGAUUGAUGAAGGGGGUAACAUGAGAAAGUGUUUAAAGAAGAUAUUUUACCAAUUCAAUUCUUAAUUCUGUUAAUUGCAGUGAAUUUUAGUUUUCUUUUUUUUUUUUUACAUGUUUUUUUCUUGGAAAUAAACUGAAAAACAAAUAAAAUACCAAAAAUGACUCCUGAUCUUA